CCCUACCCUCAAGCGCACACCAACCAGCAGGCAGCAGCGCUCUGCCAGAGCCAAGAACCUCAAGCACAUCCUGAGCACAUCGCCAUGAAGCUUCGCCCCACCGCCGCCACUGUGGCUCUCCUCCUCUUCCUCCUCUUGGCAUCCUCGUCUCUGCGUGCCGCCAUGGCUGGAUCAGCGUUCUGCGACGGCAAGUGCGGGGUGAGGUGCUCCAAGGCGAGCCGGCACGACGACUGCCUCAAAUACUGUGGGAUAUGCUGCGCCGAGUGCAACUGCGUGCCAUCGGGGACGGCCGGCAACAAGGACGAGUGCCCCUGCUACCGCGACAAGACCACCGGCCAAGGGGCGCGCAAGAGGCCCAAGUGCCCAUGAUCCGACGCCACCCUCCAGCCAUCCUACACCGCCCAUGGCGCCUACGCAUGUACCUCAACCUCAUGCAUCCCUAUCUAUCAUGUCGCACCAUGUCGCGGAUCACUACUACAUAUUAUAUGCGUGUAAAUCACGAUCUAGAGCGCCUGGUGCAUGAUUCGACUAUAUGUUGAUGUGCAUAAUGCUGGCCUACUGGUAUGCCGGUCAAAAUGUGCUUGUGCUGUAAUAAUAAACUAUCAUGCAUUAGUAGAGUCUGUCCAGUAAUUUCCUUGUUCUGUUUUUGUUUCCUUUUGGAAAGUGAAAU